AUGUCUGCGCCAUUAUUAUCUGGUAAAGUUUUUCUCCUUGUUACUGGUGCCAGCCGGGGAAUUGGUAAACAAAUAACAGAGUCAUUUGCUACCUUGCUGGGAAAUGGAUCUGUGGUAUUAUUAAUUGCCAGAAAUGAAAAUGGCUUGAAAGAAACGGCGCAGAAGUUACCAAAAAGCCUAAGCGUUCAUACAGCAAGUAUGAAUCUCAGUGUGGCAACGGCCGAUGAAUUAAAAGAUGUCGUUCGCAAAGCUUUGGGUUCUGAAGGUGCGACACAAUUUGAGAAGGCUAUAAUUAUUCAUAACGCUGGAUCACUCGGUGAUGUUUCAAAGCCAACUAAUGAUAUGAAAGAUCUCACAACCUGGCGCAAUUACUAUGAUCUUAAUGUCUUUUCCCCGGCCAUUUUAAAUGGAGUGUUUAUGGAAUUCUUCAACGAAGAUACAAAAGUUACAAGACUUGUUAUAAAUAUUACAUCUUUGUGUGGAAUCCAACCGUCUAAAUCAUUGGCGUACUAUUGUACUGGAAAAGCUGCAAGAGAGAUGUUUUUUAAGGUUUUUGCUCUUGAAAAUCCUGAAGUAAAUGUAUUGAAUUAUUCACCAGGACCUGUCGAAACUGAUAUGCAACAAGUGCUACGGAAAAAUCUGGGGGAUGCAGACGGUAAAAAAAUGUUCAAUGAUUUUAAAGCAAGCGGUUCAGUUUUGACGACAGAACAAACAGUAAAUCGUCUUAUAGAAAUACUCAAGUUACAAAACUACAAGUCAGGUGAUCAUGUUGAUUAUUAUGACAAGUAA